AUGCUCAACAAAUUGAUCGACAAAGCAAAACGUCCAUUAUCUCCACGAUCACCAAGAAAAGAAAGUAAUCACAGUGCCGAGGAUGAGCAUUUAUCAGUAGGCUUGCCUCCAACACCUCGUGGAUCUGAAGAAGCUGUAUCAAAGAACAACCACAACCGCUCCAUAGCUGAAUCACCACCCAAAGUAUUGUCACCCACAUUAUCACCAAAGUCAUCUUCCACAACUCGAUCAUCAUCAUCACCCACCACACCCAACCGUACAACAUCCCCAACCACUACCACCACUACCAACAAAGAGUUUAAUUUUCAGCCUGUUGUACCCGAAGGCAACAAUUCGCCAUCGCAUGAUUCCCCCGAAGAAGCUAAUCCAGAGGAAGCAUCAACACACGCCCCAAUAUUCUCAUCCGAUUUUCCUACACAAGAUCCACCACCAUUGUUGAACGAGAAACAACCCGAGAAUCAAAUCCAAGAACGACCUUUGGAGCUUCAAGACUUUCGAUUAUUGCGUACCCUUGGCACAGGCUCCUUUGGACGGGUGCAUCUUGUCAACUCAAAACACAAUGAACGUUACUAUGCCAUCAAGGUGCUUCGAAAAGAAGAUGUUGUGCGGUUGAAACAAGUGGCACACACCAAGAACGAGCGUAACUUGUUGAUGCAAGUGUCUCACCCCUUCAUUGUCAACCUAUGGGGCACUUUUCAGGAUGAUGUCAACUUGUACAUGGUGAUGGAUUAUGUUCCAGGCGGUGAGCUAUUCUCGUAUUUGAGACGAUCCAAACGAUUUCCAGAUGCUGUUGCAAAGUUUUAUGCUGCCGAAGUAUUCCUUGUGAUAGUGUAUCUUCAUGCGCAUGAGAUUGUGUACCGUGAUCUCAAGCCAGAAAAUAUCCUGAUUGACACAUCGGGCCAUAUUCGAUUGACAGAUUUUGGAUUUGCCAAACGCGUGCCGGAUGUCACAUGGACCUUGUGUGGCACACCUGAUUAUCUUGCACCUGAAGUUAUUCAAUCCAAAGGAUACGGCAAGGCUGUUGAUUAUUGGUCCUUGGGUGUCUUGAUUUAUGAAAUGUUGGCGGGCUACCCACCCUUUAAUGACGAAAGUCAAUUCCGGCUCUAUGAGAAAAUCUUGACGUCUGAACCACAGUUCCCUUCUCAUUUUCAUCCCAACGUUCGUGAUUUGCUCAAGCACUUGUUGACUACGGAUCUCACUCGAAGAUAUGGUAAUUUGGCAAGAGGGUAUCGAGAUGUCAUGGAUCAUCCAUGGUUCAGCGACAUCAACUUUGAAGACAUGUUGGCUCUCCGCGUGACGCCGCCUUAUAUUCCGCAACUUUCUGGCCAAGGCGAUGCUAGUAAUUUUGAUCAGUAUCCGGAACAGAAAAUGCCUUAUGGGGUGCCACAUGCUGAUCCUUAUCGCCGAUACUUUAAAGAGUUUUAG